AUGGCAUGUGGGCCGGGGAAUCUUUGGGGCCAUGUCAGACCUGCACUUCCCUCUGCCAGACUUGAGAAUUCGCCCUAUAUGGAAGGGCCCUGGUUCCAGAACUGCGGUCAAACCAACAUUUCCUGCAGGGUGGAGAAAGGAAAGCUGGUGGAGGUGGGCAAGUGGCCAUGGCAAGUGAGCAUCCUGUUCCUGGGAGUGUACAUCUGCAGUGGCUCCCUCAUCCACCAACAGUGGAUCCUCACAGCUGCACACUGCCUGCAGAGAUCUGAGGACCCCACACAGUACUCUGUGAAGGUAGGAGUCCAGCACCGCCCAGACAACACCACCCGGUUACUGAUCUCUCGCAUCGUGAUCCAUGAAAAUUACAGCAAUCUCUUGUCCCAGGACAUCGCCCUCCUGAAGCUCAAAGAUGCUGUCUUCUGGUCCCCCCUCGUCCAGCCCAUCUGCCUACCUACUGUCCAUUCUAAGCUGAUCCUCGGCUCUCUGUGCUGGACCAUUGGGUGGGGACGCCUACAGAAUACAGUGACCCCAAAGUCCCCCUAUAGUCUUCAGGAGGUGGCUGUCAGGAUCAUACACAAUAAUAUCUGCAAUCAACAGUACCGGUUCAUCCUUUCCAAGGACCAGAAGCAGUUCGUCAGGGAUGACAUGCUGUGUGCCGGCUCAGAAUUGGGCUCAGACACUUGCCAGGAGAACUCCGGCGGCUCCCUUGCCUGCCAAAUAAACAACACCUGGAUCCAGAUGGGGGUGGUGAGCUGGAGCUAUCGAUGUGGUGGGCACCAACGCUACCCGGGCAUCUACACCAGCACCUCCCACUUCACCCGCUGGAUCAAGAAGCAGAUCGCUGACCUGAGGUUCAGCAACAGGGGUGGCACGACCCCCCUGAGCUGGCCCUUCCUCACUGGCUGCAUUCUGCUGAUCUCCUUGGGCUCCCUGUGGCUCCUGUGA